AUGCAAGCAGGAGUUGUUUAUGAAGCCAUUUGUCCUGAAUGCACAGCUCAUAACAUCGGUAAAACUUGUCGACAUUUUAAAAUUCGUGUACAUGAGCAUCUUAAUUAUCAAAAACAAGACUUAUGUUUAAAAAGAACUAGUAAUUCAAAACAUGCCCUAAAACGAACCAGCUCAACGAUUAAAACAUCUGUCGAACGUAAAGGACCGAUUACUAGGUCAAAAACAGGAAAAUUACUACCUUUACCAGCUCAAUACAUUCAACAAGAAAUUGUAAAAUUUCUAAAAAAUUCUGAAAUAAUACAAAAAAAUACAAAACUACCUACUCCUAAAACCGCCAUAGCCAAACAUUUCUAUAGAGCAGGUCAUACAUUUACUAAUGAUAACUUCAAUAUUCGACUAAAAGAGAGAUAUAAAUAUAAACUAUCAAUUAAAGAGUCUCUACUAAUAAAACAAAAAAUACCACAACUCAAUAAAGGCAUUAGAUCAAUUCCAUUAUACAUUUACGCCGAUGGAAUAGAACGAAACAAUAAAACAAAACAAAAACAAUGA